UCUUACACGCUCCCAAGGACAAUCCAAAAAUCUAUACAAACACCAUCAGAACUCAGAACUCGAGAGCCAAAACCUCUCUCUCUCUCUCUCGUUUCGAAAAUCAAAAGUUCAAAACUCACUUUCUUUUUUCUCCUUUUGUAACAGUAAAAAAAGAUAAAGGUCAAAUUUUGAACGAGGAAAGACUCGACAACAGAGCCCCUCCCCUCCCUAGUCCCUAGUCCCUACCCACACACCUCCGACUCAAAAACUGAAGAAACUGGAAUCAAGAACACGCAACCCAUGGAGACCUCCUCCCCCAUACUCAUCUUUCUUUUGCUGCUCAUUCCAGUAUUUCAAUCCUCCCAGGCCAAGAUUAUUUCUGUAGAUGAAUUUGCAGAGUGGAGGAACCCCACUAUCCAUGCAGGAGACUCUCUCGUUUUCAAAUAUGAUCACCACUACGGUAUCUAUAUUUUCCACAACAGAAGAGCAUUCGAGCUCUGCAACUUCACUGAGGCCACACUUCUCAAUGAACCCAACUCCACCUCCUUCACGUGGCGCUCACCAGCCCCUGGUUAUGUCUACUUCUCUUUCAAAAAUGGUUCACUGAAAGCCUGUUCGGAGGGUGAGAAGCUUGCCAUAAGGGUAUUGCCAACUCCGCCCGGCCACUUGGCUCCUUCGCCGGAUUUUCCACCCUUAGCCGCUCCGCCACCAACUUCUGGCGGGACUGUCUCGUCCACUCCGGCGUACCAUUGGCCGUUCCGUUCCCAUCGAGCAAUUUCACCGAGCCCGGCACCGACUGCAAGCCCCAAGGCAGCAACCAUUCCGUCUCUGUUGCCGGAUACAGGCACUGCCAUUCCUUUUAUAAACAGUAAUCCGGCGGUCCCUCUCCCUACUGGUGAAACCGACUCUGCUACAAUACGCCCAUUGCCCACAUCUGGUCAUGGAAAACAGGUAGCAGGGUUGAUUGCAUUUCAAAUUCCUCUCUGUUGUAUGGUUUGGCUAGUUAAGCUCUGAAGCGGUUGCGUUAAAUUUGGUACUUAGUUACGUGUUAGCUAAAGAGAUGGUAAGCUGGGGUUUUGGUUCAAUCAAAAUUCAAAAUUCCAUAUUUUGAAGAGUGAAAUGAAGAGAAAUGAAGAGAAAAGAGCCUUGGCCUGGAGCAACUACAUUUUUUACAUUACCUGUUCAAGAAAAGAAAUGAAAACAGAAAAGAAAAGAAAAAGAGUGAAAUGAAGAGAAAAGAGCCUUGGCCUUGUUUGUAUUAGACUAUUAGUAAGUACAUUGCUGGGCAUGGUUUGCUUUGGUGGGGAAGCGGAAGCCAAUUUACUUGCCUGGUUUCCAAAUUGUAAGUUUGUAAUCAUGAGCAUCUUUGAGUCGAGCUUUCCUUUUUCCUUCAACAGUCAUCUGCUCUUUUGCUUUUAUUUCUUCUUCGCUUGCUGUCUGAGCCUGAGGUAAGGUGAGGCUGGAUGCCAAAUGGAGACUUUUGAUUACCUAUUCUUACACUUUCGUCUUUUUUGUGUUAUUAUUGUAAUGAUGAAGAUUGAUAGCUAUUUAAUGGUCAAAAGGACAUUAAGUGA